CUCCCUCCUUCGUUCUUACCCACCUAGCUACAUCCUUUUUAUUUGUAUCUCAGGAUAGAAGAUAAAUAAAGGGGCGAAGCAUUUGCCAAAUCGCAAUACACAGGAAUACGAUACGACUUACGAGCAUUCACAACAGUCACUCUCUCCCUCUCCUUAAGUAUCCACGGUCUCGCUCUCUCGCUCUCUCUAAUACAUCACAUGAGCGAUAUGGCUCUCCUGCUGGACAAUUGCGAUGGCAUAUUACUCUCCCUGGACUCUCACAAGUCCGUGCCCGCUCCCUUCCUUACCAAGACCUACCAGCUCGUCGACGAUCCCUCCACCGAUCACAUCGUCUCCUGGGGCGAGGACGACACCACUUUCGUCGUUUGGCGUCCCCCUGAGUUCGCUCGCGAUCUCCUCCCCAACUACUUCAAGCACAACAACUUCUCCAGCUUCGUUCGCCAGCUCAACACCUAUAAAGAUCGUGCCGGACAGGUGGGAGUUCGCCAAUGAGUUCUUUAAGAAGGGAGAGAAGCACUUGCUGUGCGAGAUCCACCGGAGGAAAACAGCUCAGCCUCAUCAUCAUCAGAACCAUCACGGCGUCGGCGUCGGCGUCGGCGUCGGGGUGCCCGCUUUCUUUCCCUUCCCUUCCAGGCUCAGCGUCUCUCCUCCCGGCGACUCCGACGGUGAACAGAACAAUUGGUGUGAUUCACCGCCGCUUGCUUCUCCUGCUCCUGUUUCUUCCCUCAUAAACGGCGCCAACUACAGCUCCUCCUUCACCACUCUCUCCGAGGACAAUGAAAGGCUCAGGCGAAGCAACACCAUGCUCAUGACCGAGCUCGCACAUAUGAAAAAGCUUUAUAACGACAUCAUCUACUUCGUUCAGAACCAUGUCAAGCCAGUCCCUCCUAGCAGCUCCUAUCCUAGCUCUUUGCUGUCCCCGCCUUCUCCUAUGACUAUUACUACUGCUAAUGGUUCCGUGGUGCAAAGGCCCCUGAACCAGCUUUUGGGUUAUUAUUCCAUGAACAAUAAGCAAGCUCCGCCUCUCGUGAACUCACCUACCAACACAUCCAAGAGCACCAUAACCAUAGUUGAAGAGCCAAGUAGUAACAGCUGCAAGACCAAGCUCUUUGGUGUGUCGCUUCAAUCUAAGAAAAGGGUGCACCCCGAGUACGGUUUUAAUCCCGCCAAUUCAUCGGACACGGGCAAGGCUCGUUUCGUCAUGGAAAGGGAUGACUUGGGCUUGAAUCUCAUGCCUCCCUCGACUUGUUAGUUACUUUUAGAUUCACUUGUUUGCUUUUCUUUUCUUUUCAAAUUAUUUAUUUCCCAUCCUUAAUUUUGAGUCUCAUCAGACAAUGGCAGAUGAUAUUGAUGGAUACUGUGUGCGUGCGUGCGACUGCUUGUCAUUCUGUGUACAUACAACUUAGUGCCCCAUAUUAUCUUUGCUCCCACCCACUCAUCCCCCAUUGACGGAGGGUGGUCGUGGUCUGAGUGAAGAUCAAAUGAAUCCAAACUUUUUAAUGUUCAAACU